AAGAAACAAGCAUAUAAAAUAAGUAAAUGUGAGUUAAAAGAAAUUAAUAGCUAUAAAAAAGGUCAUCUGGAAUUUGAAUCAAAAGAAGAUUGGAUGAAAAAAACAAAUUUAUUUUUUGAUGUCGACGGGAUUAACGUAACGAAUUUUGUAAAAUUAGGAUUAUCGAUUGGAAGUUUACGAGAUAAAAGUUUUAAUAAAGAAGUUAUGUCAACUUAUCAAUAUACAGAAAUUGGUAAAGUAUCAUUGAAAUUCAACAAAGCGGAUUUAAAAUUAACUGAAGAAUUUGAAAAUGAUGUGAUUGAUGCUAUAAAAUCUAAAAAUCCUGGAGAAAGAUUUAGGAAAAUUGCCGAAGAUUAUGGUCAACUCAUUCCAACUGAAAUUAUUUUAGGAGGAAGAGUUUAUAUUAAUGAUGUUAAAAAGUCAUCUAUCAGUUCAACAGAUAUCUCUAAUAACGCUACUGGAAAUAUAGGUUUCGGAUCUUCAAAUGCAAAAGUUGGGUUUAAUUUUAAUAAUUCAGAAACAACUUUGAAAUUUUAUAAUUCCAAUAAUAUAAAAUUACUUGGAGGAAGUCAUCCUGAAAGUGAAAAUUUUGAUAGUGAAUAUUGGAUAAAAUCUUUAAAAGAUUAUCAAUAUUGGGAAUGUAUUGAGUUUAGAAAUCCCAUUAGUACUUUUCAGCUCUUAUCUAAUGAUUUACGUAAUCAAACCUUUAAAUCUAUUGGAAAGAGGAUCCUUCAUACUAGUACUGAGGAUUGUGUUUAUCAUUUAAAUGAAUAUGGAAGGCAUAAUGUUUUUGAAUUAAAGAAUAUUUCACAAGAUAUUUCAGAAAUCAUUUACGAUGAAGAAGCUGAUUGUGAUGUCUUCGCAUCAGUUUAUGAAGCUAAUGAAAAUUCAAAAAAUGUUUUUUUUAAUUGUCAAAUUUUAAGAGAACCAAGUGCAAAACCAAGUAUUAUAAUUCAUGGUAUCCAAAAUAAAUUUAAGCAAUGUAAAUAUAACUUGAAAGUUAGGAUAAUGUUUAUUGGAUAUGAUAUAAAUUUUAAUUUUAUACUACCAGAUACUAUUGGUGUCGAAUUAAUAAAAAAUUAUACCAUUACAACAUAA